AUGUUAACCCAAUUACUUUUAAGAUUUCUCGUUAUAAUCUGGUCUUUCCUCUUUUUACUUGAGUGUGCUAUUGUAGAGGCUCGUUUAAUCGAUGGUAGUGAUAAUAAUGUUAUAGAUCCGACCGCCGGGGCUCCGCAGCAACCUUUUUUAAGGUCUAUCAGUUCUCUAAAUUUUAAUUCGGAUCUUUCACCGGUAACAUCUCCUACUGAUUUCCUUGGUCUGAACCCGAAUGGGUCAACAACUAUUAAGUGUACCGAUAAAGUACCUCCCGGCAUGUAUCCCAUGCCACGAUGUAUAUCAAAUAUAAUGUGCAGCUAUCAUGUUCAACCCUAUGAUUUUAACAAGUUAUCAAGUUAUCGUUCGUUCAGGCGGACUAAUCAUUUUAUUACUUUUUUUGGUCAAUUUAUUGUGGGUGACAUCGCGUUAUCGAAGUCCACGAAUCCAACAUACCCCAUAUUCUUACCGGCAGAUGACCCGUUGUAUAAUCCGAAUUCAAAUUCUACCGAUAUUACAUCUCCAUACCAAAUUAAUGUACCUUUUUUACCUGCCAAUCGAUCUGAUGGUAACAAUGAUACUAAUCCGGCAACAAGGAAUCCCCUUCUUAGUGGAAAAAAUCUUGUCACCCCCUUUCUUGAUCUAAAUAAUAUUUAUGGUACUAGUGAUCAAGAUGCGAUAGAUAGACUUCGUAAUACUUCGUCUAAUAGAGGGAAAUUAAAGACUUCUAUUAUUAAUGGAGAGCAUUAUCCUCCAAAAAAUAUAUCUACUGGAAAAUAUAUUUGGGACAAUAUGGAUACGUGA